AUGUCAAAAUUGCCUGGGAACGGUGACCCCGUUUCUCCACCAACGCCUCUGCGGCGUGAGCGUGCGCCUACUAUCACCAUAGAUACAUCCGCUGUGAGCGCAGGAACAGAAUCAUCCCAACCGCAAAUAACCCCAGAUGGAUCGCAGUCAACACUGCGGAUCUCUACCGAACAUUUGGGAGCGGGAUCGAGAUCGCCUGGCGGACCCUCGCUUUCCCCUGUGGAUCUCCACCCAGUGCCACCUUUGGAGGGAAAAGAAAACAGGGGAAGCCGCCCAACUUCACCCCAUAACGUAUCAUCUCCUGCUUCAAAAUGGCCCGAAGGCCCCUCUCAAACGUUUUUAUCCGUUCCUGGGACUCGAUCGCGGGGGAAUUCUGUAGAUUCGGAGGAGUUGGGAAAUUCUCCCGGUUCGUUUGGGAGUGAUACCUACGUGGGUUCCACUCCUUCAGGUCACGAUCGCCCUUCACACGAUGCCAAUCAUGAUAUAACAAAUGAUCCAGAUGCUUUGAAGCCCGAUCCUGGUACGGAGGAGGAUUUUAAAGUUGAAAACAAUAAAUUCGCAUUCUCCCCCGGACAACUAAACAAAAUGUUGAACCCCAAAAGUUUGUCCGCUUUCUAUGCUCUUGGUGGACUCGCUGGCCUUGAAAAAGGAUUACGUUCGAAUUGUCACGCCGGUCUCGGCCUCGACGAAACCUUUUUAGACGGGACUGUCACCUUUGAGGAUGCAACGAGGAAGAGUAGUGAAUGUCCCGAACAGCAUCUGAAAAUGCCCUCCCGAGUGAUGAGCAUGAAGAGUCACGGUUCGAAACAUACCAAGGAUAACGAGUACGCUGACCGAAAACGCGUAUUCAGUGACAAUCACUUGCCAGCGAAGAAGGCCAAGAGCAUAUGGGAACUUGCUUGGAUAGCGUACAAUGACAAAGUAUUGAUUCUACUCUCGGUUGCCGCUGCCAUAUCUCUCGCGCUUGGGAUAUAUCAAUCCGUUACAGCGGGGCCAGAUGAACACAGGAUACAAUGGGUGGAAGGAGUAGCUAUCAUAGUUGCUAUUUUGGUUGUAGUUAUUGUUGGUGCUGCAAACGACUGGCAAAAAGAACGGCAGUUUGUGAGGCUCAACAAGAAAAAGGAGGAUCGGAAUGUCAAAGUCAUCCGCUCUGGGAAAUCCGUGGAAGUAUCUGUUUACAAUAUUCUUGCUGGAGAUGUAAUGCAUCUAGAACCUGGUGACAUGGUUCCUGUUGAUGGCGUUUUUAUCGAAGGACACAACGUAAAGUGCGACGAAUCCUCCGCUACUGGCGAAUCUGACCUGCUACGAAAGGUUUCAGGGACCGAAGCAUACCGAGCAAUCGAAAACCAUGAAAACCUUGCGAAAAUUGACCCCUUUAUUCUGUCGGGAACUAAAGUUUCUGAAGGUGUUGGCACAUUCCUGGUUACCUCCACUGGUGUGAACUCAAGCUACGGAAAGACUUUGAUGUCAUUACAAGACGAGGGAGAGACCACCCCUUUGCAAACGAAGCUUAACAUCCUUGCUACAUACAUUGCCAAAUUAGGUCUUGCGGCAGGCCUAUUACUCUUCGUGGUCUUGUUCAUCAAAUUUCUAGCGAGUUUGAGUUCUAUUCAAGGCCCUGCUGCCAAAGGUCAAAAUUUCCUCCAGAUAUUCAUUGUCGCCGUAACUAUCAUCGUCGUUGCAGUGCCAGAAGGAUUACCCCUAGCCGUUACAUUGGCUCUUUCAUUUGCCACAAAUCGGAUGUUGAAGGACAAUAACUUAGUACGCGUACUAAGAGCAUGCGAGACAAUGGGAAACGCGACUACGAUUUGCUCUGAUAAGACGGGCACAUUGACCCAGAAUAAAAUGACAGUUGUCGCCGGUACGUUUGGGACUGCUUCUCGGUUCGGCGACAAAGCUAUUCAAGACACCUCUGUUCAGAAUGGCAAUAAUCAGGCGCACCAGGCGCACCACAGUCCAGCGGACGCAGAGGUGAACGACGUCUCCCCUGCGGAAUGCGUAUCCACGCUAUCGCCCUCUAUUAAGGAUCUCCUGAAAGACUCCAUUGUAAUGAACUCCACUGCUUUCGAGGGCGAUGAGGACGGGGUGCCAACCUUCAUCGGAUCUAAAACGGAAACUGCACUUCUCAGCUUUGCGCGGGAUUAUCUCGCCUUAAGUUCUCUUAGCGAAGAGCGAUCUAACAAGGAAACUGUUCAACUGGUGCCAUUCGAUUCCGGCCGAAAAUGCAUGGCUGUCAUCAUAAAACAGCCUAAUGGCAAGUUUAGGAUGCUUGUAAAGGGUGCCUCCGAGAUUCUGAUUGCCAAAUGCACGAGAAUUGUUCUUGAUCCGGCAGCAGAAUUAUCAGAAACACCGCUCACUGACAGAAACAGAUCAACCCUGGAUGACAUUAUCGAAAGCUACGCCUCAAGGUCUUUGCGUACAAUUGGUUUGGUCUACCGAGACUUUGAACAGUGGCCACCUCGUGGCGCCCCUACACAAGAAGACGACCGUACCCUUGCCGUUUUCGAACCAAUAUUUAAGGACAUGGUCUUUUUGGGUGUUGUGGGUAUUCAAGACCCUCUCCGUCCUGGCGUUAGUGACUCUGUCAUUCGGUGUCAAAAAGCUGGCGUGUUUGUUAGAAUGGUCACUGGCGACAACCUGACAACAGCGAAAGCCAUAGCUCAGGAAUGUGGUAUCUUUACCCCAGGAGGAGUCGCAAUGGAAGGGCCCAGAUUUCGGAAACUGGGCUCCCAACAAAUGAACCAGAUCAUACCAAGAUUGCAGGUCCUUGCACGAUCCAGCCCAGAAGAUAAAAGGGUAUUAGUUACGCGUCUGAAAAAGCUCGGAGAGACUGUUGCUGUCACUGGUGACGGUACUAAUGAUGCCCCGGCGCUGAAGGCAGCCGAUGUUGGUUUCUCUAUGGGUAUUGCUGGCACCGAAGUUGCUAAAGAGGCUUCCUCAAUUAUCCUCAUGGAUGACAAUUUCACAUCGAUUGUCAAGGCCAUAUCUUGGGGAAGAACAGUUAAUGAUGCCGUGAAGAAAUUUUUACAAUUUCAAAUCACGGUCAACAUUACAGCUGUCAUUGUCACAUUUGUUUCUGCUGUUGCCAGUGACGAUGAAGAAUCGGUCCUUACAGCCGUUCAGCUUCUAUGGGUCAACCUCAUCAUGGACUCAUUUGCUGCUCUAGCGCUAGCAACUGAUCCCCCCACUCAUACAAUUCUUGAUCGAAAGCCCGAGCCCAAAUCUGCGCCCUUGAUCUCCGUGACCAUGUGGAAAAUGAUAAUAGGACAGUCGAUCUAUCAACUUGUUGUCAUAUUCGUUCUCAAUUUUGCUGGGCCGAAUAUUCUGAACUACGAUUUUAAGCAUGGAGACAUCCGCUCUGAAACGAACCGCUUCAAAGCCCUAAUUUUCAACACAUUCGUGUGGAUGCAGAUAUUCAACCAGUACAAUUCCCGGAGAAUAGACAAUGGCAUCAAUAUAUUCGAGGGUAUCCUGCGCAACUGGUGGUUCAUCGGUAUCCAAAUUGUUAUCGUCGCUGGUCAGGUUCUGAUCAUAUUUGUUGGUGGCGAAGCCUUCCGUACUAAACCCCUGAACGGUGUCGAAUGGGGUAUCUCCAUCAUUCUAGGGCUUUUGUCAAUACCAGUGGCUGUGGUUAUUAGACUUAUCCCCGAUGAUUUUGCGAGGAAAUUAGUCCCUCCAAUGUGGACACGGAAGAAGACGAGGCCACAAGUUUUUGUCUCCGACGAGGACCGUUUCGAGUGGAACCCGGCUCUGGAAGAAAUCCGAGAUCAGCUGGCAUUCCUCAAGACUGUUCGUGGUGGACGGCUCAAGCACCUGAAGCACAAACUACAGAAUCCACAGACUUUGAUUCCAAGAUCGAGGAGCGGUUCGAGAUCCCGGGAGAGCUCUAUGCCUCACACUCCUGUCGGCGAUGUUGCCCAAGACAGUAUGUUCCCUUCACCUGCAACACCAGAUUCACGCUCUCGCAACGGUCGAUCGCGAUCCAAUUCAGCAUUUGGACCCGCAGCGGCUAUGGCCGGUAUAGUUGCUGGCAGUGUUGCUGGUUGGUCACCUGUGGAGAGAGGCCCAGGGGAAGCCGAUUCGUUAAAGUUUUCACGUUCCGAUCCCCAUACUGGUCUUGUCCACCAAAAAGGAAUUGAGAUCCAUCCUGAUACUCAAGAGGACGACCCUAUAGUUCGCGACUAUUCAUUGUCUUCCAGCGUGCCUCCCAGUCAGAACCCAGAAUUGACGCCACAGUUUGCACAUGGCCCAUCUUCCCCUUCGAAUCCUCCAAGUCGUGGGCGACGGUCUACUUCUAGACAGUCGAGGCGGCGGUCAAGUAGCAACGUCCCUCCAAACCAAACUACACCGCCGUCCUGA